GCAGUCCCAGAAUGAUUUCACUACAGACUCUCUGGAAAGCCUGGGAGCUGAAUUCCGGAAGAUCCCCACAUCGAUGAAAGCAAAGCGAAGCCACCAAGCCAUCAUCAUGUCCACGUCGCUACGAGUCAGCCCAUCCAUCCAUGGCUACCACUUCGACACAGCCUCUCGUAAGAAAGCCGUGGGCAACAUCUUUGAAAACACAGACCAAGAAUCACUACAAAGGCUCUUCAGAAACUCUGGAGACAAGAAAGCAGAGGAGAGAGCCAAGAUCAUUUUUGCCAUAGAUCAAGAUGUGGAGGAGAAAACGCGUGCCCUGAUGGCCUUGAAGAAGAGGACAAAAGACAAGCUUUUCCAGUUUCUGAAACUGCGGAAAUAUUCCAUCAAAGUUCACUGAAGAGAAGAGGAUGGAUAAGGACGUUAUCCAAGAAUGGACAUUCAAAGACCAAGUGAGUUUGUGAGAUUCUAACAGAUGCAGCAUUUUGCUGCUACCUUGCAAGCUUCUCUUCUGUCAGGACUCCAGAGGCUGGAAAGGGACUGGGACUGGAAAGGGACCAGGACUGAACAGACUGGUUACAAAGACUCCAAACAAUUUCAUGCCCUGUGCUGUUACAGAGGAGAACAAAAUGCUUUCAGCAAGGAUUUGAAAACUCUUCCGUCCCUGCAGGAAAGGAUUGAUGCUGAUAGAAGAGCCUGGACAGAUGUAAUGAGAACUAAAGAAAACAGAUGGCUGGAGAUGACAUAUAUCCAGGGUCACUUUGUCAGGCCCUAGGACUUAAAUCGAAGUUGAACUUUUUUUUUUUUUAACCAAAUAGAUAGGGGAAGGGAGGAGGGAGAGGGAAGACAGGGAGAGAAAAUAUCAUGCAUAAAUUGUUUACUGAAUUUUUAUAUCUGAGUGUUCAAAAUAUUUCCAAGCCUGAGUCUUGUCUAUUGGUAUAGAUUUUUAGAAAUCAGUAAUUGAUUAUUUAUUUGCACUUAUUACAAUGCCUGAAAAAGUGCACCACAUGGAUGUUAAGUAGAAAUUCAAGAAAGUAAGAUGUCUUCAGCAACUCAGUAAAACCUUACGCCACCUUUUGGUUUGUAAAAGGUUUUUUAUACAUUUCAAACAGGUUGCACAAAAGUUAAAAUAAUGGGGUCUUUUAUAAAUCCAAAGUACUGUGAAAACAUUUUAUAUAUUUUUUAAAUCUUCUGACUAAUGCUAAAACGUAAUCUAAUUAAAUUUCAUACAGUUACUGCAGUAAGCAUUAGGAAGUGAAUAUGAUAUACAAAAUAGUUUAUAAAGACUCUAUAGUUUCUAUAAUUUAUUUUACUGGCAAAUGUCAUGCAACAAUAAUAAAUUAUUGUAAACUUUG